AUGAGCUGUUCUGCACCUCUAACCAACAGUCAUCAAAAAAAAAUGGUCCAACAACCCCAUCACACCACCCCUUCUACCUUACCUCUUCAUCCACCAUCGCCCGCUCACAUUGGUGCUAAUAUUUUCCACCCGAAAAGUUUGGAGGAGUAUCAUACUGUGCUCUUCAAAUCAAUAUCUAGUGUUGUAAUGAUAAAAUCAGAGUGGUGUCCAGUCUCUAAGAAGCAUGAAUCACUUUUAUUUCAAUUAUCGAAAUCGAGACCUGAUUUGAAUUUUAUAUUUGCUGAUAUGGAGAAGAUACCACAGAUUAAGGGAGAGCUGAAUGUAAAAACUCUUCCGACUGUAUUUAUAUUGUUGAAUGAAACUGUGCAUUCGAGAAUUGAUGGUGCAAGUGAGCAUGUAGAGGUGCAUAUCAAGGAAAUGGAAAAGGAGAAGCAUUUGAGGGAAUUGAUUUAUAACAACUUGAGGACUGUUGUAUAUUUUCAUAGUAGAUCGGGAUGUAGUUCUGUAGAGUCGAAGUAUGAUGACUAUUCUAAAAAGUAUGGAAACACCAUAAGGUUUGAAAAAUUAAUUUAUGAAGAGUGUCCUCGAUUACAUAGAAGUUUUGUGAGGGCAACACAGGUUCCUUGUUUUUGCUUUUUUAAGGGAGGAAAGUUAAAGAAGAGAUUGGAAGGUCAUAAUUGUAACAAUCAACUCGAGGGAGCUAUUCAUGAUCUUACCUCAGACAAUCUUGAUUAUGAUGCUCUUGAUUUACUACCAUCAUUUGACAAUUUUAUAACAAUCGUUGACUCUGGAGAUAAGCUUCAAAAGGUUCUUGAUGAAAAUGACAUUGUAGUAGUUGGAGUUUUCUUACAACAACAGCUGAACGAAAAAACACCAGCAUUUGGACAAUUUGCGAGCUCAGUAUCUCCUCAAGCAAAAUGUGUUUGUAUAAAUGUUAAUCAAUUCCCUUCUUUAAGAACACAGGAGGGAAUAGAUACAGUCCCAACAUUUAUGUUCUUCCUUAAUGGACACUUAUUCAAGAAAGCCAGAGGAAAUAGGUAUGAAUUGGAUAGGGAACUUAAGGAAAUGAUUGCACAACAAUCUAAAGAUGAAUUCAAGAGAGUUGAAAAAUCUCAUUAUUUUCACUUUUCUCGAGAUAUCACCUCUCCAACUCCACAAACAAAGAAGGUUGUGGCUACAACCUCUUCCUGUCCACUGAAAGUUGGCACAAGAUCGGCCAACUCCACUCCACAACCAGCACAUCAUUCUAAGGACUCUCAACAACACUCUAAAUCUUCCCUAGGCGUCAGAACUUCAACAACAAGUAUUAAAAAAUAG